CUGCGCUUUGGUAACCUAACGGGGAGGUGUUAACUACUUUUUUCGCUUCCACAAAGCGCCUCCCGUUAUCUCCGGUGCUGCCGCGCGAGAGGCAGAGGUUGCCACUGCUACUGAUAUUUCCGCUCCGCAGAAAACUUUUUCGGUUUGGUUGUGAGGAUAAAAAGAAGAAAGAAAGGAAGGAAGGAAGGAAGGAAGAAGAAGCAGGAGCCGGAAACCAAGGAGUCGUCUGCGAGAAGAAGCGGAUUGUGCCACGGCGAGUGUUACAACCACAUGAAGAUGAGGAACCAGCUCUGACGACCCACGGAUGUCCACCCCUUCCACGGGACCGUUCGGCUUCGGCAACACAUCCAACAGACUCUCCAAGAGGGGAGGCUUUUACUGCUUUUUAACCCGGAGGAAAAACCUAACCUUGACCAUUUAUUAGAUUUAUCAUCAGGACUGACGUCGUCUGCAUUGUGAAGUCUGCGAAGGACAGAAUAUACCCAACGGGACAUACCUGGCCCGGAGCUCGUGAAUUUGGCUGGAGACAGAGGUACUCACUGUAACCCCACUGAAGAGAACAAAACUGAAUUCAAGCUAGCCUGACUGAUUUUUUUCAAGAUAGUCUCCUUUCUCAAAAACUGCUCUUUUCUGAGCUGCCUCCUUCUUAAAGUCAAAUUCGAAUCUCCAACCGAGAUUCACGCACUUUCAUAGACACUUUACAAGGGCCUUGGACAUUGUCUCAAAUUUGAUUGAGGAGGAAUCAUCUCCUCCUCUCCCCCAAAGUCCUAACGGCUUCGUUCUCCCGCCUAGACAUGGAUCUCCACAGGGCAGCCUUCAAAAUGGAGAGUUCCUCCUACCUGCCCAAUCCCCUGGCCUCUCCGGCCCUCAUGGUUCUAGCCUCCACUGCUGAAGCCUCUCGCGACGCCUCAAUUCCCUGCCAGCAGCCACGACCAUUUGGCGUCCCUGUUUCUGUUGAGAAAGAUGUCCAUUUGCCAUUUAACAAUGGUUCCUACACUUUUGCAUCCAUGUACCACCGCCAAGGCGGAGUACCACCAGGAUUCCCCAACAGGGACUUCCCUCCGUCCCUCCUCCACCUCCAUCAUCAGUUUGCCCCACCUAACCUGGACUGCUCGCCAAUCAGCAUGCUGAAUCACAGCGGCGUCGGUGCCUUCAGGCCUUUCGCCUCACCUCCGGAUGAUCGGGAUGGAGUGCCAGGCGGGUACCAAUCUGCUUUCACCCCAGCCAAGCGCCUCAAAGGCUGCAUGGAUGCAGAUUCCUCACCCCACUUGCGGUACUCUGACGCAGAGGGGAAAGAGUAUGACUUUGGCGGUUCCCAGAUCCCUCCUGGAAGUUCGCCCAGCAGCGUCUUGAAAGCAGUGGAGGACAGCGGGAAAAAGAUCUUCGCGGUGUCAGGCCUCCUGUCGGAUCGAGAGACUUCCUCCAGCCCAGAGGACCGCAUUGAGCGCUGUAAAAAGAAGAUGUCCAUGUAUGAUAGCCAGGCUCCGAUCUGUCCCAUCUGCCAGGUGCUGCUGAGGCCCGGAGAGCUUCAGGAACACAUGGAGACGGAGAUAGAGAGGCUAACCGCUGCAUGCUUCAGGAAACUUUCCAUUUUAAAAAGCUGCAUGGCCUCCCCCUCCCCGGCCUCGAUGCUGUUGUCGGUGCACAUCAAGCGUGAGGGAGAGUCUCCCGUGGUGUCGCCACUGUCCUCCGAAGACGCCCACCACUCCGACAGAUACCAGACAUUUUUACGAGUUCGGGCGAACAGGCAAACGAGAUUGAAUGCCCGUAUAGGAAAGAUGAAGAGGAGGAAGCCUGAGGAUGGGGGCCAGGUAUGUCCGCUGUGCAGCGCCCCACUGGCUGGGAGCGAGGAGGAGAUGAGUAGACAUGUGGAACAAUGCCUGAUCCAGCGCGAGGGCGCGCUAGGCGACGACGACUCCGCAGACAUGGACGGAGAGAACGGCCGAGGCUUUGAGGAGUACGAGUGGGCGGGGCAGAAGCGAAUCAGAGCGACGGCUCUGCUGGAGGGAGGCUUCAGAGGAACUGGGUUCGCCACGUGCAGCAUCAAGGAGAGCGCGGCGGACAGCGACGUCGACCUGGACGUGGACGGAGACGACACCCUGGAGUACGGCAAGGCGCAGUACACGGAGGCCGACAUCAUCCCGUGCUCCGGCGCCGGGGAGGACCAGGGCGAGGCCCGGGAGAGGGAGGCGCUGCGGGGAGCCGUGCUCAACGGUGGGAUGCCCUCUAACAGAAUAACGCCGGAGUUCUCCAAAUGGGCCAGCGACGAGAUGCCUUCAACGAGCAACGGUGAAAGCAGCAAGACGGACCCCAGCACCCCUUCAUCUUCCUCCUCCACCUCCUCUUCCUCCUGCGCCCCGCGCACCUGUAAAAACAGUGAGAUUGAAAAAGUGACGGAGGACGAGUCCACGGCGACCACCAUGGAGGCCCUGAAGGCCCGGAUCAGAGAGCUGGAGAGGCAGAUACUGAGAGGAGACCGAUACAAGUGUCUAAUUUGCAUGGACUCCUACACGAUGCCGCUCACCUCCAUCCAGUGCUGGCACGUCCACUGCGAAGAAUGCUGGCUCAGGACUCUGGGGAACAAGAAGCUGUGCCCUCAGUGCAACACCAUCACUUCACCCGGGGACCUAAGGCGCGUCUACUUGUAAAGAGCACACUUACCCCCCCCCCCCCCCCUCCUCUCCGA